AGCGUCAGCGCCGUCAGAGAAACAUUCAGUGACCAGUCUUCUUCACACAGCGGGAGGACGACAGAAACAAAGAUGGAGCGACUCGUCUUUCUCAGUUUGAUGUUUGUGGCUUCAGCUCUGAGCCUAGUUGUCGACCCUAGAGGAGCGCGCCCAGUGCAGCCCGCCACCAGAAGCGAAAAAUGUGCCACUGAGAAGGAGUGGCCUUUCUGCACCUCUGACAACUGGGGCCCUAAAUGCCCAUCGGGCUGCAGGAUCCAGGGUCUGAUGGACAAAGACGACCACGACUUGCUGAAGAAGAUCGAGAAGAUCCGCAGCCUCUUGGAGCAGAACAAGGCCAACUACCGCAACGCUGACCACCAUUCCAAAGAGACCUUCACCAUCCUGAGGGAGAGACUCACCAUCGACGCUGAUCACGACAACAACUACUACGACCUGGCCCAGAAUCUGCGGCAGAGAAUCACAGACAUGAAGAUCAAGAUCGACAGGCAGCUGAGUGUCCUGGCCGCCCUGAAGGAUCGAGUCAAAGACCAGGUGGUGGAGAUGCAGAGGCUGGAGGUGGAUAUCGAUAUUAAGCUCCGCUCCUGCAAAGGAUCCUGCCAAAGCUACUCUGAGUACAGUGUGGACAAGGACAGCUACGUGGAACUGGACAAACAGAUUAACCAGCUGGACGCCCAAUCAGGUCAGAGAAUUGAGUCCGUGGGGUCGCUGUCGGUGAUGAAGAGCAGACUUCUGAAGGACUCCAGUGUGGAAACUCUCUACAAGUCCAAGGACACCACUGUGGCAGCGCAGCAGAGAGAAGACAUGUUCCCUGAUGUGAACACAGUCCAGUUGAUCCUAGAGGAGGAAGGCUCCAGCUCAUCCCCAGCAACCAUCUCCAAGGUCCCAGGUACUUCCCUCUCUUCAUCUGCAUCCUCAUCAUCAUCCAUCCCCUCCUCCUCUUCCGCCUCCUCCUCCUCCUCCUCCUCCACCUCCACCUCCACCUCCAUGUCAUCUAAAUCCAUCACUGAGCUUGGAGGCGGUGAUUUUUCAAGUCUGGGCGGAGUGUCAACAAGCCACAUCACCUGCACCAAGAGGACCAGGACGACCACCAUCCACACAAAGGAUGGGCCGGUGGAAAAGACGGAGGAGGUGAUUGAAGGAGGCCCUGAGUGCCAGAGUCUGGCAGACCACUUCACGGGAGGGACUAGCUCCCUCAGCCACACAUCAUCCUCCUCUUCCUCUUCCACUACUAUGACCAAGACCGUUCACUCCGGUGAUGCCAAGGGAAGCCUCCUGGGAGAUACCAAAACUGGGUUCGGGGAUCUAUUUGGCUCGGACGUCGGCGGUUUCUUGACAGACGCUGCAGAUGAUGACCUUCCUGAUUUCCACGCCCGAAGUUUGACGAACACGCGUACCGAGCGGCACGCCGAUUAUAUAGGAAAAGGUACCAAAACCUCAGACCUGGAGUAAAACCUCUGCGGCGCAGAACGGCGCAUUCAGCUAGAGAGCAGUCUUGAGCAUCAGCUAGCUUGCAAGCUAGCCUUAUGUACCAAAAUUAUGAAGUGAACGCAGUAAUUGUCAUUGUU